UGAGAUUCAGUGCUCAUUCUCCGGGAGUUUCACUGCCCAGUUAGGUUUCAGCUGAUCGGCGGCCGUUCAUUUUCCGCCUCCCUGCCUCUUCUGGGAGAGUUCGCAUCACAGAUUACACAAGGUCUUCGCUCUCCCCUCUUUCCACCCCACCCAUCCCCUUUUCCAGGAACACAAACUGAUGCAGAUUCACAGGCACGGCCGGCGCAGGACCAGGCGAGAGGGAAAGCUGAACUAAAGUGGGCAAGGAUGUCCCGCGGAGAAAUCGUCCAAGUCCCCGACGAUGCGCAUUUCACCUCGUUCAGGGAACAGUGCGAACGCCACGAAGGCUGGACGGUUCAAUACAGCAAAGGAGUGACCACCGUGUGGAACCGGAGACCGGAGGAGAACAAAACCGUGCAGAAAUUAAAGAUGAGAAUUAACUGCAGGGAUGUUCCGGCAGAGACCAUGUACGAUGUUCUUCAUGACACGCACUACAGAAAGAAAUGGGAUACGAAUAUGAUUGAGACUUACGAUAUUGGCCGACUGACUGUGAAUGCAGAUGUUGGGUAUUACUCCUGGAGGUGUCCAAGUCCAUUGAAGAACAGAGACUUUGUUACCCUGCGAUCCUGGCUUCCCCUUGGCAAUGACUACAUGAUUGUGAACUACUCGGUGAAGCACCCGAAAUAUCCCCCAAAGAAGGACAUUGUUCGAGCUGUCUCACUGCAGACUGGAUACUUCAUUAAAUCUAACGGAGCCAACAGCUGUACCUUGUACUACCUGACUCAAGUGGACCCACGAGGGUCAUUACCAAAAUGGGUUGUGAAUAGAGUUUCACAGUUUGUAGCUCCCAAGGCCAUGAAACGGAUUUACAAAGCAUGUUUGAAGUAUCCUGAAUGGAAGCAAAAACACAACCCACAUUUCAAGCCCUGGGUCUACCCGGAGCAGAACACCCUACCCAACGUCAGCCUGUCAGACCUAUCGCUGCAGCACGCAUCCUCAUUGGAGAACAUCGACGAGAGCGGUCUAUCAGAGGAGAAAGUUCAUAUCAGCGACGAGGAAGAUAGCUACUCCAAGGAAUCAUAACGGACACGGAAGCGUGUGGGAAAUAGAGGAAUGAUAAUGUACACAUGGGGUUUAAUGACUCAGCAUCCCUUUCACACACCUUGACGAAAUCUGUAGGAAGUAGCAAUUCAGUUUCACUAAAUGGCAUAAUCCAAAGAAAUAAGAGCAGGAGUAGGUCAUUCAACCCUUGAGCCGUCCCUGCCGUUCAAUAAGAUCACCCAUCAGUUCAAAUUCCUUCAUCACCAGUAUCUGUAAACAGUUUUCAGUGUCUUUCUUUUCUUAAAUUGUAACAUUGUUUUCAGGACACUUGAUGCUAAACUGGUUCAUAGCGGUGGUGAUUGGAAAGGGCAAUGCUCACCUGAGUUUGCUCUGGUGUCUCUUUGACAAUGUGGAUGGAUUAGCAAGAGUGGACAGAUUAGCGUGUGCUUUUGCUAUGUUUCCAUGCUUGACUUUUUAAUUCCAUUCACCAAAAUAGACACCAUGUGAUGUGUGAUGUUACCCUACACC